GUCGUCGUUUCAACGUAAAUCUUUCGUUCGAAUAGGAUUUCGUGAAGCUGAUCCCCACUUUGAUGCGACGAACGUAUCUCCGCGUGCUGUGCUGUGCUGCUUUUUUUCUCUUCUGUGUGCGGUUCAAGUGGUGAGAAUUCUUCGAUAUAAAUUCACUUUGCCGUACAGUUUAUACUUUUGUUUUCAUUUAGACGCGUACCUGUUUGGAUAUAUCUAGAAUUUGGAUUAUUAGUACAGAAAAUCGCAAAAGAUGAAGGUGGCUUUGGUGAUUGCUGCAUUCUGCAUUGUUGCAUGUUUUGGUCAAAAUACCACAGAAACGAAUCGUCAAAAACGACAAACAAAGGGACGCUUCUUGUCGCUGCCAGUACCACAAAAAUGCGCUUCUCGUCCAAAGGAAUUCCAAUACCGCGGUAAAAACUACUUCUUGAGCAGUCAUGUACCUGGUUUGGCUGGCAAAAAAGUCGAUUGGUUGGAUGGCCGUAACUUGUGCCGUGAAUACUGUAUGGAUUUGAUUACGCUCGAAAACCAAGAGAAGAACAAUUUGAUCUUCCGUUUGAUCCAAACCAAUGACGUUCCAUACAUCUGGACAUCGGGCCGUUUGUGUGAUUUCAAAGGAUGCGAAAACCGUCCAGAUUUGGAACCAAAGAAUUUGAAUGGAUGGUUCUGGUCAUCAUCACGCGCGAAGAUUGAACCAACCAGCCGUAUUCCAACCGGAUGGGGCUACAACCCAUGGAGCCGAACUGGCCACAAAAAACUCCCACAACCAGACAAUGCUGAAUACGAAAUCAAUCAAACCACCGAAUCAUGUUUGGCCGUGCUCAACAACGUGUACAACGAUGGCAUCGCAUGGCAUGAUGUUGCCUGCUAUCAUGAGAAACCGGUUGUCUGCGAAGAUUCCGAUGAGCUCUUGAACUAUGUUGCAGCCACCAAUCCUGGUCUCCGUCUCUAAAUUAUUCCAUCUGAUUAUUUUUAGCAUUGAUAAGAUGCAAAAGAGAGUUAGAAUUUAGAUAACAAAAAAAAACAAAAUUGAUGAACGGAAGUGUGAUGAGAGGCAAUUUGAAACAAACGAGCGUAUUUAACCAAAACGCUAUCACAACCAUGUAAGAGGAAACAAAACAACAACAACAAAAUAUUAAGAUGAUGAAGAAAAACACAUCGAACAGGAAAAUUAGUAACUAUUUUAAUUUAAUUUAAAGAAAACAAGUAAAUAAAUCGAAGAAAACCAUUGUACAAAAUUGAAUAAAAAAAAAAUGGAAAAAACAUUUUAUACCGGAA